AUGCUUGAAAACUUCACCCCUAGUCUGAGAGACCUGGCAGAGUUCAAGACCAAUUCAGGAGAGAAGAUUGAGAUCAUCAAGUCCCUGGCCCCAGAGUGGAAGUCAUUUGGUGCCCACCUCAACUUUGACGACAUGGGGUCCCAGCUGUCACUCAUUGAGGCUCAGCACGGUCAGAGUAACCCACAGAGCUGCUGCCGGUACAUGAUGAUCCACUGGCUGCUGGGGAAUGGGGAGGAGCCCACCACCUGGACAACUCUGCUGGCCCUGCUGGAGGAUGGGGAGAGGGCCUAUGCCUCGCUGACACCGUCAGGAGAGUACUAG